ACACACACAUACACACACAUAAACACACACACACUCUCUCUCUUUCUGUCUGUCUUUCUUUCUAUCUCUCAGUCAGUAAUAAUGGAGCCCAGCAGUCCGAAGAAGAUCCAGUUUGCCGUACCCCCGCUGCAGGGACAGCUGGACCCGCAGGCCGCCGAACAUAUCCGCCGCAGAAGACCAACUCCUGCCACUCUGCAGAUCUACAGACAACCUGGCACAGAUGGUGGAGAUCAACACACCGCCAGCGGAGAGGCACAGGCUUCAGAUUCCUCUCAGAGGAAGCAGAGCACCUACGCCCCGCCCACCAUGAAAGGUAAGCUGAAAGGCUCUGUACCUGAGGAGGACGAGGAGGAAGCCAACGCGCAGGACGACUGAUCCAGAUCCAGGAAAUCUGAGCACUAAAGAUGCUGCCAUUUUAUCUUUGAUACAAACCAACAGACAGACUCUGGCAUCCAUCUCAAGCGUAGCACCUACAAGACAAGACAUCGAUCAGCGGCAGAGUUUAUGGAGCGACGGCGGUUUAAUUAGAGCAGGUGAAGAGAACGAGUCAAACCAGCUUCCCUUCUAAUGAACUGGCCUGGAAACAGCUCACACAGCACAAUCACCUCCACACAGACUGACUCUACUGUCUAACCUCUGAGUGUCACACUUACAAAAAAUAACACCUGUGUUUGCCCUGUUUAGUUCACAUGUGGUGGAAUUUCCCCUUUAACCAAAGCAGCAGACUGAUAACCGCUCACUGCCAUCACAACAGUUCACCUCAAACAGCUGACAUUUUAAGACUUUUGGCGGGAAACUCGUGAACCUUGAAGUAACUUGUUCUAAAGCUGUGAAACAACAAACAUCAGCAUCAUAAAUGUCGUCUUUUAAAUACAGUGAGAAGUUAUUCAAAAGAAUCUAUAAAAGUUCGUUUAUAUUUGGUUUUCCUGCUAGCUACAGCAGUGCAGCCAAAAGCUGCACUGCUGUAGUUAUAGCUAGCUAGCUAGCUAUAACAAGCUUUAGCUAAUUAAUUAACAGUACAUCUGUUGUACAACAGAUCCGGCCUGAAACUGGUCCAGUGCUGAUCCUAGUGUAAAAUUUGAAACACAUCUGUGCCAGAGCCGGGCCGGUUUCAGCCCAAAGUAACUGAUCCAUAAGUUAGAGCUGUGUGGGUUGCCUGUUGUGCAAAACCACAUAAAUGUUGCAGAUUUACACCGGAUGAUUUGAUGAAUCCAGCUCGGCUCUGCCUCAGUUUCAUUUUGCAGUCUGGGCGAGCUACUUGGUCGUCACUUGGUAGUGCUAGUUUACUGAAAACCAAAUUAAAAUCAUGCAAUAAACUCUUGAUAACAACAGUUUUAAAAACAUGAAA